GAGACUCGGCAGGACUCACCCGCUCGUCGCACCCUCGCACUCGCGUCUGCACCGCACCCUAUCGAUCACUUAUUUUACUUUUCUGUAAAGUAUCAUGGAGAGCACAGGCGCCCUCCUGGGAGGCUUCGCCGCCGCCGGUGAUGCGGCGCCCGGUGCGGAUCAGACCAUGAAGCGCGACCAGGACUCGACGGAUGAUUUCGAGCAUCUCGAUCGUGAAACUAAACAAGACCCGGCGGAUUCACCGGUACACCAUCAUCGCGUGGCCACUCAGAGUUUCUUGGAGAUGGAACGUGGGCCCGCAGCGGAACAUCGGCCGCCUUCCGUCGCCGAAAAGCUUAUGGACCACAUGGCCGACAAAUUUACCGACAGUGAGUCAGACGCCGAUACUGCAGGAGAGUCGCCCCUCCAUCGGCCCGAGCCGAGGGUCGAACUCCCGAAGCCUAGCGCUCCGACACCGGAACCACCGAUGCCUGAAGCUCACGACCCGACACCGGUGCUGGCCCCCGCGCCCGCUCCGCCUGUCCCCGAGAAACCUGUGGAGCCCAAAGUGGAGCCGGCCGUCGUCCCUGAGCCUAAGCCGGUGCCGAAAGCGGAACCCGUCAAGCGAGAAGAGGUGGCUCCGCCCAAGCCUGAGCCAGCCUCGCAACCAAAGCCGGUCCCCGUAGAGGAGAAGCCGGAGCCGACUCGCGGACCUACGGCGCAUGUCAUCGAAGCAGAAGUAAUCUUCUGUCAAAUGGGACUUGAUGCCUGGUUCGACCCACAGCGACUGCACCCCGAAGUGGAGUCGUUGAUCUACUGGCGGAACGCGGCACGCUCUGGCGCGGCCCUGGGCGCGGGGCUGGCGCUGCUGGUGGCGCUGGCGUGCUGCUCGGUGGUGUCGGUGCUCGCCUACGUGUCGCUGCUGGCGCUCAGCGCCGCCGUCGCCUUCCGCCUCUACAAGAACGUGCUGCAGGCCGUUCAGAAGACCAACGAUGGACAUCCCUUCAAGUGGCUGCUGGAGGCGGAGGUGAGCGUGUCGGCGGAGCGCGCGCAGGCGCUGGCCGCCGCCGCCACCGCGCACCUCAACGCCGCCCUGUAUGAGCUGCGCAGACUGUUCCUGGUGGAGGACCUGGUGGACUCGCUGAAGUUCGGCGUGCUGCUGUGGUGCCUCACGUACGUGGGGGCGUGCUUCAACGGGAUCACGCUCAUCAUCCUCGGUUGGAUAGCGCUGUUCACGCUGCCGAAGGCCUACGAGAUGAACAAGGCGCAGGUGGACGCCAACCUCGAGCUGGCGCGCGCCAAGAUCAACGAGAUCACCGCCAAGGUGCGCGCCGCGGUGCCGCUGGGCAGGAGGGCGGAGGGCGACAAGGACAAGUAGACGCCGCUCCGCGCUGUUAUUUAUUAACUACAUUACUACUUUACGUGUAAAGCUUUAUGAGAGUCAUGCGGAGAUUAUUGUAUUUGCUUUUUGAAAUUUUAAAUUAAAUAAAAUAAUUGUCGAAA